AUGGAAAGGUCGAGGGAGGAGUUCUUGAUUCGAAUGGGAAGCAAGAAGGACAUGGAGAAGAUUGUUGAAGAUGGAAAGGUCGAGGGAGGAGUUCUUGAUUCGAAUGGGAGAGUUGAGGAUGGGGAAUUGCUGGGAGUUCGGCGGAGGGAUGGGAGGGAGAGGCGGUGGUUCGGAGCGCCACCGAGAUUGGUGUUUGGACCUGCUCCGACUUUGCAGGAGGCCGAGGAGGCGACGGCGGAUCUUAAGGAAGCAAUUGAGAAGGUAUACUUCUCUUCUGCUAUAGCUGAGGACUCCAUCAAGGCUAGCCAGGUGUCAAAUGUUGGAGAAAGUGCGGCAGUAGUUCCUUCAGUGUCCAAACAUGUUGUUCAAGCUUUCUCGUUACUGCAAGGAAGCCCUGAGGCUCAAUCUGUUGUUGCUUCACUUGCUUGUGAUAAGAAUGUCUGGGAUGCCGUUAUGAAAAAUGAUAAGGUUAUGGAAUUCUACAACAAACAUCAGACAGUCAUUCUCUCUUCUGAAACAAACGUUGCUCCUGAAGAAUUCACCGAAGAAAAUGUAAUCAACCUUGAAGGACUAUUCGCUGAAACCAUGGAAUCUCACGAGAAAGAAACAUCUGAAGAUUCUGCAUUCUUCACUGAUAUCAUGCAGAAUAUCAAAGUGAAGGUCUCCGAAAUCGUGAGCAAGAUAACUGGAUUCCUUCAAGAUUUCGUGGGAGGCUUAUCUGAGAGCCAGGACACAACAAACCCUAGGACCACUACAAGCACCUGGGAUAAGUAUGGAGAUCUUCCUAUUGGUGCUUCCUUCCUAGCAUUAGCUGUUGCUGCUAUUCUAGUCAUUUUGGUUAAGAGGGGAUAAUUCAGAAACCUCAUAGAAUGAAAUAAAAAACCCGUCGACAAUAUCUUAUAUUAGUACUUGUGUGUGGAUUCUGAAAUUUUGUACAUAUAUAUGUUUCUAUGGUCUAUAUUUUUAUUCAAGGAAUGUGAAUCUUUUGUACAUGGAAUAUGUUUCUAUCGGAAUGUUAUGCCGUGAGUUCUGGUAUAUGGAAUACAAUCUAGUGUUAAUAUGUACUCUGAUGGUCAGAGAGUUGUGGGCUUGUGGCUAAUGAUUUAUUUAAUCAGUUA